AACUGGUUUGGACAAGCCGCAUACUUUUUUUAACUCGCAUGCGUAGUGAAGUUCCCAUACACCUAGAAAAUUACAAACAAGGAACACCAGACACCAGGAAUACCAGGAUACCUGCUGAGAAUUCCACACAGGGAAGAUGAUGUGCACUCGCCUGUGUUCCUCGCGCCUUUACCUGCGCUCCACGAGACUUAUGUCUACAGCGUCCCCCAGGAUGGUGCAAGCAGCUACUGCUUCUCCUGCAGACAAGCAGCCAAACCUCAUGGUCGCCUCUUUGGCCUUCGAGGAUCCCAGCGCAUUCCGGGUAAAGACCUUAAGUGAGUUGUUUCGUGCAUUGGCUGUCUUCCGAUUCUGCUCCUUUCCUGUAUUGGUCAACAACUGCAACAAGCUGAUGUCAGCAGCCCGUAGUAUCCUGGGCAAGCGCAUCUUCUCCUCUCUGAUGAGAACCACGGUGUACGCUCAGUUUGUGGCUGGAGAGAAUGAAAAAGAGAUCUCUGAAUCCAUGGAGAAGAUGAGCACGCUGGGACUGAGGCCCAUGCUGGCGGUCCCCAUUGAGGAGGACCUUGGAGAGAGCACAGGAGAGAAGAGAUAUAACGACAACAUGGACGCCAUGUUGGAAUGUGUACGGAUGUCGCAUAGCAACGCUUGGAGCAAAGAUCCCAUGAUGCAACUCAAGGUCACGGCUCUGCUCAGCCCUGAACUCUGCGUCAAGCUCACCAAGGUCAUUUCCAAACAAACAUAUGACUUGGACCUCCUGGUCCGAGCUAUGGAUGGCGAGGACGUAAAGUUUCCUGGUUUGGAGGAGAGUGAGGCAGCACACCUGCACUGUAGCCUGCGGCGACUCAAUAAGAUAGCCGAGUCUAGCGUAAACAAAGUGCGGGUCCUAGUUGAUGCGGAAUACACCUAUAUGAACCCCGCCCUGUCCCUUGUUACCAUGGCAAUGAUGAAAAAGUUUAACAAAGACGGAGCCUGGAUCUGGUACACAUAUCAGUGUUACCUAAAGGAGACAAGAGCGCACCUGAUGGAGGCGAUUCGUCAGUCCCAGGAAGAAGGGUUCUGUCUGGGAGUGAAGCUGGUGCGAGGAGCCUACAUGGACAAAGAGAGGAAGCUAGCAGGGAAGGAGGGUCGCCCGGACCCAGUCCAAGACUGCUGGGAAGACACAAAUGAAAAUUACAACAGCUUGCUGGAGGUGAUGCUAAGGCUCGUUGCUCAGGACCCGGAACGCUACAGGAUCAUUGUCGCCACACACAAUGAAGAGUCUGUGAGGCGGGCAGCCAGAUGGGUUGAGGAUUUGGGUAUUGACAAAGCAAGAGGAUCCGCAUGUUUUGGUCAGCUUCUUGGGAUGUGUGAUCACGUGUCCCUCACUCUGGCCAAGGAGGGUUACGCAGUGUACAAGUCUGUCCCAUAUGGCUCUGUGGACGACACCUUGCCAUAUCUGGUGCGACGGGCCCAGGAGAACCAAACUGUGCUGAAGGGCAUCCGCAAAGAGAGAGACCUCCUCAGACAGGAGCUCCAAAGGAGACUCAGAUUGAGAGCUUACUAGAAGACACGCACAGGACAUCCCUAACGAAGUUACACUAGUAAUAGCAAAACUGCAGCUCACAUUUGAAGGAAAAAUAUUUUUUCCAUUUUCUUUGACUUGCAAAUUUUGAGAUACGAGUGCUGGAUGCAGGCAAGCAAAAUCAGCACACACCGAGAGACAGUUUGUCUCUUAAAUACUUCCAAGAGAAUUUUCAUUUAUUGCGACUCCCAGUCACCGUUGUACUGACAAACAAGAAUUAUGACCAACAGCUAUGUCUGUUAUCUUAACGCACAAGAAGUAAACACAUAGAGGGUUUAACAAAUAGCAUCGCCACUAUUUCAAUGAAAACUGUGUAGAAAAACGUGUACAAAAGUCAAAUGUGAUUGUCAUCUUUUUGUUAUAUACAGCUUCUUGGUGGUCAGGGCACAGACCAGGGGCACGUGUUGGUCAGUAAUGAGUUGUAUUUUUAUUAAUUUUAAUGGAGAAAAAGGAUUAGAUUUUUUCCCUCCUGCCAAUAAAUGCCACAAUCGAAACAAAAAAAUUUAAUAGCAAGAGCAUUCUGGGGUGGGGGACCAUGUAGUUUGCUUAAAUGGGCCUGCUAGGCAGAUGUAUCAAUUUAUGAAGAUCAUUUGAAUAUGCUGUAUAUUUUUUACAUGCACUUCAAUUUUAUGUAUUCCCUUAAAUGAAAACCAAAUAAAGGUGUAAAUAUUGUAUCCUGUGAUAUUUUUACUACACAAUAAUGCCUUAUUUCGUCAGUGGCAAAUGUUGACACAUUUCCACAUACCCGUAAUUUCCGGACUAAAAGUCGCUACUUUCCCCCCCUCAUUUUGGGUCCUGUGGCGUGUACAAUGAUGCGGCCAAUUUGUGCAUUUUUCUGACAGCCGCCAGGAGCGCUCGAGUCUGGAAUGUGGGAGUGAGACA